AUGUCAACAACAUCGAACAUUCCAAUGAAUUAUUUGGAAGUACCAAAUAAAAAAACAAAAGAUAAUUCUGAUAUCCCACGUCGUACUUCUUCAUUUAUUCAAAAAUCUAAUCCAACAUGUAAACGUAUACCUUCAAAUUUAAGUCUUCCAUGUGUAAAUCAUGGUAUUCUUAAAUCAUCAAAUUCUUCAUGUCGACCUCUAUCAAUAUCAUCGCGUUCAAGUGUUUAUUAUACACCUAUGAUAAAUGAAGAUGAUGAUAAAACAGAACUUAUUCCAUCAAUUGUUGUUCCAACAACAGAAUCAUCACCUUUAAUAGACAAUAUUGAAUUAAAACAUAAUCCUAUAGAUAAUGAUCGAUUACAUGAUAUUCAUAAAGAGAAUGAUCAUAUUUUCAAUACACAAAGACAAUAUGGAUUAGGUGCAUUAUUAAGACAAUCGUAUUGGUCAAAUCAUCCAUUUACACUUAAAGGAAGCAAUGCCGAAAAUAUAGAUGCUUACAAAAUCCUCAGCAUACUUUAUGGUUUGGUCAUUUUUAUUGGUGGUGUGGCUUUUUCAAUAUCACAUGCUAUUAUACCAACAGAACAAGUUGGAAAUAUUCGACAUUUAGCUGAGAUUUAUUUUACAUAUCUUUAUUGGGUAUCAAUAAGUUGGAUAAUAUUUUGUAUAGUCGAUAUAGUUCGUCAUCAACAUAAAUUUGAUUUAAAUUCAAAAGCAAUCAAUAGAUUAGAUUUAAAUCAUAAACCAGCACGUAAUCCUAGUUCACGUUUAGUAGAUAAUAAACGUCGAGCAGUAAUAUCAAAUGAACAAAUAUCUCAAUUACCACCAGCACCAUCAUUUAAUUUACAAUUAUUUGAUGAGUCGGAUGAAUUUCAAUCGGAAGAUAAUGAUGAUGAAAAUAAUAAUGAACAAAAUGAAAUGAGUUCAUUUAAACCAACUCACGAUAAUGAUAAUGAUGAUGAAGAUGAUGAUGAUAAUGAUAAUAAAAGUUUACGUCCUACUAAUAAAAAAUCACAAUCAUUAGAUGAUGUAUCAGCAAUAUCAUCAAGUGCUUUAAGAAAACGUUAUGAUAGAACACGAAGUGUUCUAACUAGACGUCUUGCAUUAGAUCCUGGUGGUGUACAUAAUUUAAGGACUUAUGUACGUCAUCGAAAAGAUAGUAUUGUACAACGUGUUAUGGGUUAUAAUUAUGAUGAUCAUUCGACAGCUGGUGGUCUUUAUAUUCGUGUUGGAAUCGGAAUUUUUUGUCUUGGAACUGUUAUACAUUCAGGUUUAUCAAUAUUAAGUAAUCUUGAAAAUCGUUCUUGUUCAAGAUGGACAGCUCUUAUGGAUGAUUGUUCAAGAUUACUAUUUAGUUUUAUUCAAUUCUUCUUUAUUUUUAAACAUUCAAAUUUAAUCAUUCGAGCACAUGAAGGUCUCGCUCGAAUAGCUGUUAUGCAUAUUGUUGUUACUAAUUUAUGUGUAUGUAUUCUAAAAGUCAUGUAUUUUACAAGAAUUUAG